UAGUGGCCAUCAUUCAUUGGUCACGCCCUAAGAUGGCUGAUAAGGACUCCACGCAGGACACUGCCAGCGACGUCUAUUGUGUAACGAGCGACUAUACAGCAAGAGACCCGACGCAGAUAUCACUUGAGGCCGGGGAUACAGUCACCGUACUCGAAGCAGUCUCUGAUGAGUGGUGGUGGGUGGAGUUUAUUGAUAAAAAUGACAAACCUUUAGUUGGUUAUGCACCUGUUAAUCACUUAUCAAAAGAAAUACCAUUAGAUGAAGAGGAUAAAUGGGAAAAUAGCGAAUACUUUAGCAGCUACGGACAGCUGAAAUUACACUCUGAAAUGCUAACUGAUGUCCCACGCACAUCGACAUACUCCUUAGCCAUCCAGUCUGCAUUACCAUGGCUACAGGACAAGGUAGUCCUGGAUGUUGGUAGUGGGACUGGAAUUCUUAGUUUGUUUUGCGCACGAUACGGCAAACCAAAAAAGGUCUAUGCUGUGGAGGCCAGUGAUAUUGCCGUGUAUUCAAGAGAGACUGUCUCAAAGAAUGGCUAUGAAGAUGUCAUUGAAGUGAUACAAGGAAACAUUAAUGAUAUUUCAUUACCUCAUCAUCAAGUUGAUUGGAUCAUAUCAGAAUGGAUGGGGACAUUAUUAUUGUUCGAGUUUAUGAUCGAAUCAGUCAUCAAUGCUAGGGACAAGUUCUUAAAGCCAGAUGGUAUGAUCUGGCCUUCUGAGGCAGAACUAUUCCUAAUUCCCUGCUCAGCCCUGUCAGCCUAUAAUGGCUCAAUGGGUAUUUGGAAGGAUGUGUACGGGUUUGACUUCUCCCCAUAUUUAUCAUUGGCUGCUGACACGCUAACAGGAAAACCCAUAUACAAUCAUACCCUCUCGCCAGAUGAAUGUCUUUCGGAACCUUUUACCAUCCUCCAAUUGAACAUGAAGACUGUUACUGUAUCACAACUUGAGGAUAUUAGAACUGCCUAUGAUUUCCUUGUUAAAAGAUCAGGGAUGCUGCAUGGUUUCGCUAGCUAUUUUACGGUUCAUUUUAGUCACCUCCCCCACCCUCACACUCCUGUCACUCUCUCUACCUCACCUCAAAGCAAGCCUACUCACUGGAAACAAGACCUCCUCUUGCUUGAUUCACCUCUUCAGUUAGAGGAAGGGCAGAGGCUAAAGGGAACUAUCAAAUUAACAAGACACAAGCUGUGGAGAAGACAUUUGCGUGUCACAUUGACUUAUAGUGUAUGGGAGGACGAUACAGAGCUAAAUGAGGCUGUUACCAAGAUUUACAGACUCUGGAGAUGAUGUCAUAGGAAUUAUUGCUACUAUUGUUGGCUUUCUACUGAGCUAUUGUCAUAGACCACACAGAUAUUGAGUAUGAAUAUCCUGUACUAGACUAAUAGGAACUAUAGUUUUAUUGUUUUCUUUAACGUCAGACAAAAUAAUAACAAUAAUAACAAAAAUAAAAAUUAUUAUUCAUAUUAUGUAAAUAAUAAAUUUUAGUUCAUGUAUUGCAAGAACAGUUUUCUUGGACAC